UGAUGCGUAUUAAUGAUGAUGAAGUUCGAUUAGCUUUGAUUUGCGGGGCUUUAUCCAUUCAUGGCACAUUGGUCGAUAUCUAUUCUCUGAAUCUGCCUUGGAAGAACCACAAAGCCGAAUCUCUCUCUCUCUCUCUCUCUCUCUCUCUCUCUCUAAUGGAAUCUGAAUCACCCACUUCCAUUGUCUCACUAUUUUAAGGAAUAGAGCGACGCCCACUCCCAUUUUCUAAGUGAUUCCAGAUACAGAAUCACCCACUUCCAUUUCGGUCAAUAAUUCUAGAGAGAGGUUUCUUGCUAAUUCAAGAGAGAGAGAGGUUUCUUAGUAAUUCAAGAGAGAGAAAUAUGAAGGCUUAUGUGGUUGGUAGAAUGCAGAUUUUCCAUCCUCUGAAGAGGAUUUUACAGAGGAACUUUUGUGCACUCCCGGAGGGAAUGGCUUCCUCUUCUGAAGAACUGAUGAAAUAUGAAUACGAGUACAGUGCACACAAUUACCAUCCUAUCCCUAUGGUGUUUUCACAAGCUAAGGGAGCUUGUAUUUGGGAUCCUGAAGGAAACAAAUAUCUUGAUUUCCUUUCUGCUUAUUCAGCAGUCAAUCAGGGUCAUUGCCAUCCAAAGGUUACAAAUGCAUUGGUUGAACAGGCUCAAAGGCUCACUUUGAGCUCCCGAGCCUUCUAUAAUGAUAAGUUUCCUAUAUUUGCGGAGCGGUUGACAACCAUGUUUGGGUAUGAAAUGAUGCUUCCAAUGAAUACAGGUGCUGAAGGUGUCGAAACAGCCCUAAAAUUGGUGAGGAAAUGGGGCUAUGAGAAGAAAAAGAUACAACCAAAUGAGGCUAUCAUUGUUUCUUGUUGUGGCUGUUUCCAUGGGCGCACCUUGGCUGUGAUCUCUAUGAGCUGUGAUAAUGAAGCAACUCGUGGAUUUGGACCUUUGUUACCUGGCCACCUUAAGGUUGACUAUGGUGAUGCACAUGCACUUGAAAACAUCUUUGAAGCUCAUGGAGAUCGAAUCGCUGGAUUCUUGUUUGAACCCAUUCAAGGAGAGGCAGGAGUUAUUGUUCCCCCUGAUGGCUACUUGAAACAAGUCAGAGAGCUCUGUUCCAACUACAACAUUCUGAUGAUUGCAGAUGAAAUACAAACUGGUAUAGCACGCACAGGAAAAAUGCUGGCUUGUGACUGGGAAGACGUCCGCCCUGAUGUCGUGAUACUAGGAAAAGCUUUGGGUGCUGGUGUAAUACCUGUGAGUGCAGUGCUCUCUGACAAGGAAAUCAUGCUCUGCAUCAAACCAGGAGAACAUGGAAGCACAUUUGGUGGGAAUCCUUUGGCAAGUGCAGUGGGAAUUGCUGCACUGGAUGUUGUAAAAAACGAAAGGCUUGCUGAGAGGGCUAUUAGGAUGGGGGAAGAAUUCAGGAAGCAGCUCUUUGAAGUCCAAAAGCAAUUCCCACAAAUAAUUAAAGAGGUUAGAGGAAGAGGAUUGCUCAAUGCUGUGGAGCUGAAUAAGGAGGAGUUAUCUCCUGUUUCUGCUUAUGAUAUCUGUCUCAAAAUGAAGGAAAGAGGGAUUUUGGCGAAACCCACUCAUGACACCAUAAUCAGACUGGCGCCUCCACUGACUAUAAGUUUGGAGGAGCUAAAUGAAGCAUCGAUGGUGUUACAAAAUGUGCUAGAGAUGGAUUUACCAGUGAUGAGGAAACAAAUGCCAAAUGCUCACAAACCAACUCCUCAUGAACCUUGCGACAGGUGCUGGCGUCAUACAUACAAAGUCCCGGAUACAGAAUCCUAAUUUUUGGUUUUGGAUAUACAAAGUAAAGGACAACAGGUAAUCCAAGGUGUUAUAUAUAUAGCAAUCGGAGUGAACCUUGUACCACUAUACACGUAUAUGAGAGAGAGAGAGAGAGAGAGAGAGAGAGAGAGCAGUCACCUGCUCAAGUUGGUCACAGAUGGGUGCUUGUUAUGACUGAACUGUAAGAUUAACCUGGGGGAAAGAAGUUUGGAAUUGUUGUUGCCGUGAGAAUAAUAUCAUAACAUAAAAGGGGAUGUGCACCAUUAUGUGCACUCUCGCAGAUUUUGCAUUUCAA